AUGGCAAAUAAACGCAUUGUAUUCGAGCUUCAACCGGGACAGCCACUUGCACCCACACAUGACUUUGAACUCGAUGGUUUCUACUUGAAUAUGGCUUCUUUGACAGCCAAUGCCAAACCAGGACGAACCAUGUUGACUGUGAGCAUAAAGGAUCACACAUUCACCCUCUGCACUUUGACACAAGACAAGUGUGAGCAACAAGCAUUCAAUCUCUAUUUUGAUGAAUCUGAUGAGGCAACCUUUAAGUUGGAAGGCACAAAUUCUAUUACUUUGACAGGCUUAACGCAAGACGACGACGAUCAGGAAUUUAUCCCCGAAGACGACGACGAAUUCAUGCUGGAGGACAGUGAUGACGGCCGGUUCCGUUUCUGUGAUACAUCUGAUAAGCGUUUUAUGGGAGGAAUGGAAUUGCGUCACUUUGGAUUGGUGCCUCAUUCUGGUUUUGAACAAGAUCAAAUCGAUUUACGUGCAGAUGAGGAUACAAACGAAGAGAAGAUGUUAAAUGACAACAUUUGCGAAGGCUUGAUCAAUGCCAUGAUGAACAGCGGAGACGAUGAGCAGAUGCGGAUUGCAAAAACCCUACAAAAGAAACUCGAUGUGAUCAAAUCAAAGUUAAAACGCGUCAAUGAAAAUGGCGGCAAUGCUUCAAAGCAAAGUGGAAAGGUCACCAAACAGAAGAGAAGCAAACGAAAAACGCGUCAAUGA